GAUGGUUACCCAGCAACUGAUCGGCAUGUUGGAGAACCCGGAUGUGUUCGGUUUCCAUGGCGACCGUCAGAGGAAGCCGUGUGUUCGGUGUGCAGUGGUGGGGACAGGAGGGGUCCUGAGUGGGUCAAACAAGGGAGCAGAGAUAGACGCGCACGACUAUGUCUUCAGAGUGAACCAUGCUGUCAUGGACAAGCCAUUUGAUAAGGAUGUCGGGAAAAAGCUGUCCUUCUAUAUCUUCUAUCCGGAGUCACAUAGUCGGCAAAACAAGCUCGUUGCCAGCGCGCAUGCAUUGCAGAUCUACAUUCCUUUCAAGACGACAGACCUGCCCUAUAUCACACAAUGGCUGUACAACCGGACCCUUCCAAAGUGUGGCGUACCGUGGUGUGAAAGUCCUCUCAACGCUAACGUCAACCGCUCAACAACGAAAGUUGUGCAUCCUGACUUCAUCCGUUACGUCUUUGUGAACUACAUGGACACGUCACUGUCUCUUCGACCAACCACGGGGGCGAUGACAGUGUUCCUGGCUAUCCAACUGUGUGACGUUGUGAACAUCUACGGAUUUGGUUAUGACCCACGAUUCAAUGAGCACUACUACGACCACCAGAAGGUUGCCGCUCAGGGGGCGGACGGAGACAUGAAGGCGGAUUACCAUGACUUCAGUGAGGAGAGGCGUCUGUGGCAGAGACUGCAGGAGGAGAAGAUCAUCACCUGGCACAACCGUCAGGACAGUCCCAACUCUGCAGUACCAUAACAAGACGGCAGGGGACCCCGAUUCUAAUCAUGUUAAGGCCCCUUUAAGACCU